AAAAUCACACCUUUAAAUCAUAAUGAUUACCUUUCUCUGAUGAGUAAAUCCUAAUUGAUUUAAAAUUGCAAAAGCAAAGCUAUUUAUCCCGUUAAAAAUGGAAGAUGAACGUGUUCCUGAAAAUGGAUCCGAAUGUAGUUCAAAAGCAAAUGUAUCUGAUGAUGAUGGUUUGAUUAUAAAGAAGAAACUCAGAAAGCGUGGUAUAAUCUAUCUGUCUACAAUUCCUCCGUAUAUGAAUGUGGCUAAGGUACGAGAAACUUUUAGUCAAUACGGUGAAGUUGGUAGAAUUUAUUUGCAGUUAAAUAAGAAACCUGGUGAGAAACGCAAGCGAAUCCCAAAUCAGUUCACUGAAGGUUGGGUGGAAUUCCAAAAAAAGAGAGUGGCAAAGGAAGUUGCUGCGAAAUUGAACAACACAAAAAUAGGGACACGCAAGAAAUCUCGCUAUUAUGACAUGAUAUGGAAUAUCAAAUAUAUUCCCAGGUUUAAAUGGAUACAUCUCAGUGAGAGACUUGCUUAUGAGAGGGCAGCAAUUAAACAACGAUUGCGGGCUGAGAUAUCUCAGGCUAAGAAGGAAGCUCAUUAUUUGCAAAGCAAUAUAGAAAAAAGCAAAAAAAAUAAGAAAAGAAAAGUCACAGAGAUAUGA